CCCAACUUCCCGCCUAAUUUCUCUCUACUCUAGACUCUCUCCCAGUCUCUCUUUGGACACUGUGGACCGAGGAGAGACUGAUCCAGUUUAGUCUUCUUUUUGGUGGUUAGGACUGGUCAAGCCGUGUCUUUUUUUCCUUUUCUUCUAUGUAUUUUUCUUGUGCAGUUGUUGUAAUGUUAAACUGCUAAGUUUCGUGACCGCCUCCAAAGCCUUAUCUGGGUUUACUACUAUCACUCCUCGUGUCUAAGAUUCCCAUUGUAAUAGCUUUCUGUUUCAGACGGUUGGUUGUGUAUGGAUAGAGGUCUAUUCUCUCCAUCAAAGACGCUUCGUAAACUAAAAGUCAUGUUGCAGCAUAGCCGGGACUCAACUCCUGAGAGAGACGACGAGAAGGAUCCUUUAUUACAAAAAGAGAGGAUACCAAAAGAUGUGUUCUAUUUGACUUAUAUCAUACUGUUCAUUCAUGGCAUUGGCCAUCUCUUACCAUGGAACAUGUUCAUCACAGCUCACGAAUAUUUUGAUAAGAAGUUUAGUUGCAGUAAUGCUUCUUUAGUGGAUUCAUCUUGUGCUAGUUUCAUUGGAAACUCUUUUGAGAAUUUCUUUGCACUUGCUGCCAUGCUUCCAGUCAUGAUAACAACAGCCAUUAAUAUUUAUAUACAGAGCAAGAUUCAUUUUAAGUAUAGGAUGUUUUCUUCUUUACUUGUUAUGUUGAUCUUAUUUGUUCUAACAGCAGCUCUUGUGAAGGUAGACACUAUAUCAGCUGUCAACCUUUUCUUCUCUGUGACACUGGUUACCAUUGUUCUGAUGAAUAUAUUCAGUGGCUUGUUUCAAAGCAGUACGUUUGGCUUUGCUGGUAUAUUACCACAGAAAUACACUGCAGCUGUCAUGAGUGGACAGGCUUGUGCUGGAUUAUUCUCUUCUUUUGCACGUAUCAUUAGUUCUGUAGCAACUGCUAAUGUCAUAUUGAGUGCUUUGCUCUACUUCUUGUCUGCCGUGGUUGUCAUAAUAAUCUGCCUUGCUUCGUUAUUCUUUUUAUUGAAACUGCUGUUUGUCAAAUAUUACUUAGACCUAACUAGUGUUAGAGCCCUAAAGUUUAGACAGGAAGACACAAUAAAAAGCACUGUUAAUGUGAAAAUAGCUGCAAGACUACCCUUUUGCUCUAUACUCAAAACUAUAUCAAUAUAUGCUCUAAGUGUUUGUCUAGUCUUCUCUCUGACUAUAUCAUUGUUUCCUGCUGUUUGUAGCAGCAUUAAAUCAUCAGUUAAAGACCCAGAUCACUCCAUAUGGACAGGUAAAUUGUUUGAUGCUCUGGUUUGUUUUCCUCAUAUUUAAUUUUGCUGACUUUGUUGGUCGCUAUCUCUCCAAUUGGUUUAAAAUGACUGGUAAAUGGCGCUUCUUGUUGCUAGCUCUAACUCUCUUACGGUUUCUCUUUGUUCCUCUUCUUUUAUGGUGUAAUGUUCAACCACGUAGUACACAUUUCCAUGUAUUGUUCCACAAUGAUGUUUGGCCUAUAUUAUUUAUUACUGCUCUGGGACUAUCUAAUGGAUUCUUAGCUUCUGUUUGUAUGGUCUCUGCUCCUCAGCGUGUUCCACCUGAGCAUAGGGAAACAGCUUCAACAUUCAUGUCCUUCUUCUUGUGUCUUGGUCUCAUAAUAGGGGCACUCCUCUCAUUCCUGUACACCUACCUCAUCAGACUCUCU